AUGACUGAAACAAGCCGUCGUCAAACCGACUCUCCUUCAGAAACCCCCGAAUCUCUUGUCAUUACCACAUCGAAAACCCCACCCACCAGCGCGCAAUCUUCCUCUGACAACAAACUCUCUCCGGCCCAGCCACCUAUUGAUCCACUUAUCAUGGAGCAAGAUCACACUGAGGUAUCCGAAGAGCACGGGAAGGGCGGGUUUGAUCCUGAUGGGCACUAUCAAAAUGCGUAUAUGAGCAUCAGCAAAGUUUCAACAGAUGUCUCGAAGGGUCAGAGUCAGCAACCCAAUGUCGCCUCUGGGGGUUCUCCUGUGGGCCAGAAUAAUCGCCGUCGUGCCAACCAAUCCAAAGUCGGCGAUGGAGAAGUUCGUCGAAACUCGGGCCCGUUUCAGCAGCAUAGUGAUAGUGGAGAUGAGGCUGAUGACGACUUCAUCGGUCGUGCCAGACGAGAUGUCCAACGUUACUCAAGCCCCUUUCAAGAACAGAGCGAUGACGGAGGUCUCGACACAAUAUCUCCUCUGGAGAUGACCCGCCGUGGCCAAGCCAAUAUCAAUGACUUCGACAGCCCUUCUGCUAGUCGAGAUGUUCGUCGUCGUGCGGGUCGAUACCAACAGCAACAGCGCGAUGGUAGAAAUCAUCGUCGUGUUUCGGGUCGCUCUCAGCUGAAUGGUGAUAAUAGUGACGAUCUCGACGCAGUGGAUAACCGCCGUGAAAACGAUGGUUAUGCUCCCCGACAAUUCCAACCAGUCACAGUUACGGCAGGUCUUCCGGGGCCUCGUAUCCCCGUUGCUCCGACUACCCCCAUCGUCCAUGGUCGAGUUGUCAAACAAUCCUUGCGACGCGGCGAUCAUCCAUUCACAGGUGUCCGUGAUAACGAAGAUGCAGCUAUUGAAAACUCCGACUUCCAAGAUAGUCACAUGGACGACGAUGAAUACUCUGACCCUAAUGAGUAUCUUCAAGAUCCAUCCCCUGAUUAUGGUACACCCAUGGACGAAGAUGAGGAAUACGACGAGGACCAAGGUGAGAAUAUGUUUGCUUCCGAGUCCGGUUUUCUUCGCCCAAAUCGUGUCGAGAAGAAGCGUGCUGGGGCUUCACAGCCAUCGCGCGGACGACCAAUAACCAACAAGAUGGCAUCCACCGGUGCCGGUCGAACCCACCCAGCCGCAACUCGACGUGGCAAAGAUGCAGGCAAACCUCGCAUCGUUUUCGGCACCCCAAGCCAAGAUUUAGCACCAUCGAGAUAUUCUGGAGCUGUUAUGCCAUGGGGUGUCAAUCAGCAACCUGUCUUAGUUGAUCAGGAUACAGUCUCGGAUGCACACCUCAAGAAAAGAGGUCUCACACGUCCUCCGCCGGGAGAAAAGGUUGGCAAGAGAAGUUAUGGUGCCAAUGAUCCAGAAAAUGUUGCAAUUGUCAAUAUGAAGGAGAAUGAAGGCCUAUCUUUCGCUCAAAUUGCUGAUGACCUCAAUUUAAAGCGAGUGGCGGCGGGAAAGCGCCCAGGUCUUACGGUUUGUGGUGUCAACGGACGCUACAACCGCACUGCGCCUAUUCUCUUCGCCACGCAAGGCUUGAAAUUCGUUCCAUUGAGUGAGCGUAGAAGAUCCGGCGGUGCAGCAGCACAUGGCUCCACGACUCGUAAAGCUGGCUGGACUGUCGAGGCGGAGAAUAGAUUGGUUGAGGUCGUCAAGCAGGUUGAGUCCGAGAAAUGGGGUCAGGUUGCACGAAUAUUGAACGCAGAGCUUUAUGAUGGCAGACCUGUGCAUGAUGCUACAACUUGUGCUAAGCGUUAUGCAUCGCUUUAA